AUGGACAAGACGAUCCCUGCUGUAGUACUGGGUGCUGCCGCUGGUGCACUGGCAGGCGUCAGUCUGGUGCUUUGGCAAACGAAGAGACCAGCGAAGAAGCCAGCUCGCAGCAUGCGCCGGGCGAGCGACUGGAUGAAAGGUCGUAGUUCAAGGGAGCCACUCUCCAGCUCCAUCGGAAUCGAGCUGCCGAUCACGGUGACGAUUCCCAAGAUCGAGGUUGAGAGUGGGACCUUCGGCCAGAAGCACAGUGUCUACGUGACGCAGGUGACAGCCUUUGGCCUCACGAACCUGUCUCGACAUACCUUCGAGGACUUCGAGACUCUUCAUGCCCAAAUCUCUGGCAAGGUGCGAUAUCAACUUCCCGCCCUGCCUCGAAGCUACUGGUGGGGCAACGAGGAGACGCAGACGGUGCAGGAACGCCGGGGUCGCCUUGAGAUCCUGUUGCAACAGCUUUGUGAACAGCCGGAGAUCUUGUCUGAUGGCGAGGAGCAGCUCAUGCGCUUCUUGAACAUGCCCAAGGCCGCUGCGGCGGCGAUCCGCUUUGUGCUGCACACCUCCCAGCAGUGGCUGCAGCGCUUGUACGAGGCCACCGCGGAAUCCGAAGGUCUCCGUGCCUUGAAGGACGCACAACUGGAGGCAGCGCUGCUGAUGGUUUUGCAGGCGGAGAGCAUUUGGGAGUCCAAACGUUUGGCGUGUGAGCUUUUAGCCCGGCGCUACCGUGCAGGAGUUGAGACGGAGAGUACUAGCUCCUCCAUCCGCUCCAGCCAGGUGAAGGUCUUGUUGUCCUUGCUCACCGACGAGGAGAUUCCGGAAGAGAGGAGCGACGAAGUGAAGCUCUCCGCGCGCAAGGCAGUCUUGACGAUGGCCUGCGAUGGGCGCGCCACCUGGAUGGAGGUCCUCCAGGAGUUCCUCGAGGAAGAAGGUCUAUCACAGCUGCUCGAUUUGAGUACUCAAGCGGGCGAGGGCCAGCGCUUGGUGGUCGAGCUCUUGCUACGGGGCUUUGAAGGCCCCGUGGUGCAGAAGUUUGCCGAGCCGAAGCUGGUGAACGACAGGAAGCGCCUCUUAAACGAGCUCUUCCUCUCCAGUGACGCCUUUGUGCGCGGGUCGGUUGGCGUUCUCCUUGCCGCCCUGUUGACUGACGCGGAGGGCUAUCGUGAGGCUGCACAGGCUGAAGCUGGCCUCGCAGCCUUGCGGGAGGAGAUGCUACGGCCGCCGGCGAGUUUGACGGUGGACUUGCAGCGGCUCUUGACGGAGGAGGAGUCUUGGCGCUUCCUGUUGCGUCUCGCGCAAUGCCAUUCCUCCGGACAGGCCAGCAACUUUGUUUUAUUGAUGAUGCUGGCCCUAGCUUCAGGGCCUCAAACCCUCCUGGAGACCCCAGGACUCCAUGAGUUGCUGGUGCACCGCCUGACAGAUCGCCAAGAUUCGCAGUUACGUGGUCUGGCCGCGAAGCGGCUUCUGGAGCUCUACCGCGUUGAGUUGCCUCCAGGGGCGGCUGAGAGUGACUUGUUGGGCCGUGCUGUGGCCUCCAGUGCCAUGGAGGCUUUGAUGCUUCAUGAGGCCGAGCUUCAAGAGCUCACGGCAGGUGCAAAUGAAGCCCUGGAAAGACAUCACUUGGCCACUCGCCUGGCUACGGCAUGCGUUUUGGAUCUGCUAGAGAUGCGCUCCUCCCUCGCUCGCCUGGCACCUGCCGUCGCUCGCUUGCGCGUGGAGGGCCGUCGAAGCAGCUCCUGGCAACUCGGGGCUGGCGCCUUGGCCGGCAGCGCCAUUGGCGCGGCCGCCCUGUGCGAGAGCAAGACGACCUUGGGAUCUCCGGUGGCGACAAAUCGUGAGGUCCCCAGGGACCAGGACCUCCGGAUCAUUGGCUUGGAGGAGCUUCGGGCCCACAACAACAUGGACGACGGUUUGUGGAUCUCGUACCACGGCCACGUCUAUGACGUGACCCACUUCGCGCGGAUCCAUCCGGGUGGCCCGGGACGCAUCCAAAUGGCCGGUGGAAGUGACCUACAGAAGUACUUUGACGUCUACCAUGUUCAUCCUGAUGUGAGCAAGUUUCUGGACCGGACCUGCUUGCUUGGCCGUCUCACUGCCGCAGAUGCCAAGAGAUCGUACGAGGAGACGAUCUUCGGAAAUCCCUACGAGGAUGAGCCUCCACGAGACCUGCAGCAGACCAUUGCCAAAGCACCGCGCUGGGCCAAUCUCAUGGGUCCAUACCUGUUGGACUCCUUCCGAACGCCGCUGCGAGGCUUCUAUGUGAGAAAUCACUUCCCAGUGCCUAGCUGGGAGGAUGUGGAGAACGACUAUGAGUUUGAGGUCUCUGUCCCCGGUGCUACACGCAGCUUCAAGUUGAAGGACUUGAGAGCUUUGCCACAAGCUACAGUGGAGGCCACGCUGAUCUGCGGUGGCGCUGCAUUGUACCCAAGGUAUUUACACCGAACGGAGAACCGGGAAAGCUGGGAACAGAAGGAGUUCCCGCGGCACGAAGUGAACAACAACUUUUGGGGCAGCCAUGCCGUUUGGACUGGCGUGAAGUGUCGCGAUGUUCUGCGGCUGUGCGGUCUAGACGUGGAUGCCCUGGCACUGGGCGAGAAGCCCAUGCCUGCCAAGUAUUUGCGCUUGACAGGGCACGAUGCCGACGAGACGGGCGCCAGUUUCGGAGUGACGAUUCCCUUGGAAAAGGCUAUCGAUCCCUUUGGCGAUGUACUGCUGGCCACUACCAUGAAUGGCUCCACCCUCCCUGCAGACCACGGCUACCCCGUGCGGGUCUUGGUACCGGGCUUCGCCGGGGUGCGGAACUGCAAGUGGCUGGCGAAGAUGGAGCUGUCGGACGAGCUCCACAGCAGCCACGUGGACACUCACACAGAUGAGGUGAUUUAUCCUCCCAACAUGAACUUCGAGGAUCACGUCGCCAAGGCCUCUUUCACCGGUCAGGCUGUGAAGCGCGCGGGUCGCUGGGAAGGAGGCCAAGACAAUGAGGUGUUCAGAGUGAUGGAGAUGCCAGUGCAUAGCAGCGUGCUCGUCCCGGAGCUACACAGCGUCGUUGGGAAAGAGGCCAUCGCCGAGGUUCUGAAGGAGGGCCUUGAGGUGAAGGGCAUUGCGCUGGGGGGCGGAGGGCACCGCAUCGCUCGUGUGGAUGUGUCCAUCGACGGCGGGAAGAGCUACAUCCCAGCAGAUCUGGACGAUCACGGCAUGGAGAAGGUGCACAAGCGGAACUACCACUGGUCCUGGUAUUGGUGGUCCAAGAAAGUGCCACUCAGUGAGGAGAUGAAGCAUCAGCUGCUGGCGGGCCAAUCCCUCACCCUGCAGGUGGCCUCCCGUGCGAUGACGGAGCAUGGGAACACGCAGCCGAGCCGGCAGGACGCCGUGUCCUUGUACAACCUCGUGGGGAACAUCUGCAACUACCAGACCCACACGCCGGUCAACCUGCACAGGUCCACGGUCGGGCCGCGGCGAACGGACCGCGUCUCAGGUAGUGAUAGAUCCACGCAGAUAGGGUGGAACUGCAAGGAACUGCACCUGCGAAAUGCGACAGUGACUGCUUGCGGGAUUCAGACUCCUGGGAGACUUCGAUGACGAUGUUCGAGUGAAUCCUGGGGCAAUGUGUUUCUUUUUUUAAACAAUUAACUUAAGAACGAAGUCUGUGUAAAGUGAAUAUGGUGAACGUACAUGGCACCUGGUGACCGGACAAAAUCCUGGAAAAAUCCGACUGGUGCCAAAGUACGACGUCCUGAAUUUGCUGGAUGUACAGUGAUAGCAGAUGAACAAGUGCUAGGUCAAGCCUCAGACCCCCUUAGCUUUGAAU